GGAGCGUCAAUCCUGCAUUGAGAUGUCACACGAAUCCUGCACUCUAUAACCUCGCUUUCUAAAAACUGAAGGAAAUUUGAAAAGGCAGAGGGAAAACGCAGAUUUUCAGCGAUAUUACGGCGUCCUGUUUCUCCGGCGGUGUUCAACAGUGUGGAUACGCUGUGAUGUCUAAGUGCGUUCAUGUGUUUUGGGGGCACGCGUGUCUUGUUUGUUAGCCUUGCCUUGUAAGCUGUGCUGUAAAAUUUGAUGCCAUACAAGACUGACUUAGACACAUCAUUUUCUCAUCAUUGUCCCACUUUGAUGAUCACGGUGACGUAUUGAUGCGAAAUUAUGCUUACAUUUUAGGCGGCAUAUACGUGGAGGCUUGAUUUUUCGCGCGCGCUGGCUUUUCCUUUUUUCUUGCUUUUUUCUGAAUUGUUGUUAUUCCUACAUAGGAGGAUCUUUGGUACUACCUCAUCCCCGAGAAAUACCCAGCCCGUCAUCCUCUACCCAAUUUUGGACCUUUACAGACCUACUAAGAACUGGCAGUGACAGGAGAGACACCGACGCAUACAGCUCUGCUCGCUCAGCCUGACCCGGACUUCAAAGCGAAAAGGAGCCUCAAACCUCUACACCACGCAUACGACAUCUUACCUCUCUUGAUUGGUGUUUUGAGAGAAAAACGUGAAUGAACAGAUACUCGCGUUGUCCAGACAACGGUAGAGUUGUGGGAGCACAGCCAAAGACGAUGGUCCACUGUGCUGGGUGCGAAAGGCCUAUAUUGGACAGGUUUCUCCUCAAUGUGUUGGACAGAGCAUGGCACGUCAAGUGCGUACAAUGCUGCGAGUGCAAAUGUAAUCUAACAGAGAAAUGUUUUUCUCGAGAGGGGAAACUCUACUGCAAAAACGACUUUUUUAGGCGGUUUGGGACGAAGUGCGCGGGCUGUGCUCAGGGGAUCUCGCCAAAUGACUUGGUCCGAAGGGCACGGAGCAAGGUGUUUCACCUGAACUGUUUCACCUGCAUGAUGUGCAACAAGCAACUCUCCACGGGAGAGGAACUGUACAUCAUAGACGAGAACAAAUUUGUCUGCAAAGAAGAUUAUUUAAGCAACACCAAUGGAAAAGACGCAAACCUCUUAUCAGUAACCGCCUGCAGUGAUCCAAGUUUAUCUCCAGAUUCUCAAGACCAGCUACAAGAUGAUGUAAAAGACUCUGAAAUUGCCAAUUUGUCAGACAAAGAAACGGUUAAUAAUGAGAAUGACGACCAGAAUCUUGGAGGGAAAAGACGGGGACCACGCACCACAAUUAAAGCCAAGCAACUGGAGACUCUGAAAGCAGCGUUCGCUGCUACACCGAAACCAACAAGACACAUCAGGGAGCAACUAGCGCAAGAAACUGGCCUCAACAUGCGAGUCAUUCAGGUAUGGUUCCAGAACCGACGGUCCAAAGAGAGGAGAAUGAAGCAACUGAGUGCCCUUGGCGCAAGGAGGCAUGCUUUCUUCCGUAGUCCGAGGAGAAUGAGGACGCUAGUGGACCGGCUUGAACCCGGAGAGCUUAUUCCUAACGGACCGUUUUCUUACUAUGGAGAUUAUCAGAGUGACUACUACGGCCCUGGUGGGAACUACGACUUCUUCCCGCAGGGGCCCCCAUCCUCCCAGGCCCAGACCCCAGUGGACCUCCCGUUCGUGCCGUCAUCGGGCCCCACUGGAACUCCCCUCGGGGGCAUGGACCAUCCUAUUCCGGGCCACCAUCCGUCCAGUGAAGUCCAGCGGUUCUCCGACAUCAUGUCCCACCACCCAGGCGACUCGCCUAGCCCCGAACCCGGCAUCCCGGGCCCGCUGCACAGCAUGUCGUCGGACGUGUUCGGUCCCAGCCCGUCCUUUACCUCGCUCUCGCUCAAUGGAAGCGGAUACAACAACCACCUGUCACACCCCCCCUCAGAAAUGAAUGAAGGAACUGUUUGGUAGCUGCCUCCCCCUCUUCAUCAAAAACAAACAUGGACAAACCCAGUGGAGGGAUAAAGGAGUUUGGGACAACAGAAAAAAGGGGGGAGGGAGUUUCUUUUGGGCAUCCAUAUUUAUUGUUUUUCAAAUUAAUUUUUCUUUUACUCUUUUUGCUUUUUUUUGGUGAGAGAUAUUCUAAGAAGUGAAGUCAACAGACGCCAGUGUGGUCAUAAACGUUUGUCUCGAUAUUGUGUUUAUAUCCAGUUGCUUCAUACAUUUUUUUUUUCUUUUUUCGUAAUCAGAACAUGGACGCAACCACAGAAAAGACUGAUUUGUGACUGUUGUUGACCCCUUUGGGGUUCUCGCCCCCCCCCACCCCCCACCCCCCGGCUCUGUCCUGGUAAAGACCCCAGCGAGAGGCCUAGCACAGCGUUGUCCCUCCAGUAACACUCCAUGCAUCAACAGGAAAAAAAAAAUCUCUUGGAGAACAACACUCUGGACUCG